GUUGGUGACAAAAACGUACAUGGUGGUUGUUCGGCAGUGUGUGUGUGUGAGCGAGCCGGACUAGCUAUUUUAGGCUAUCAGUAAGACAGUGGGUGGAAGCGAUCAGUGAUCACCUGGUAGUCGAUCUUCAAGCAAGCCGCGCACAUGUACUGUCUGUGACGAACUUCCUACACUCAACCGUCCUUAUCGGAUCAAUAGUACCUUAAUUAGAUAGAAAGACAAGUGAAGUGCAGCAGUACCGAUUAAUCUGAUAAUCUAGAUAGCUUCAUUUUAAAUUAACGGCUGUUGUAAUUGAUCCUUCUGUUCCUGGUGUACUGCGUACUCCUCGUGCUAGCGAUAACGAAUGGGCAAGAUGUGUCACAGUAAAGUGCAACAGUGAUCAAAUACGUUAUCGAGUUUUGAUAAGAUCAAUCAUCGGGGUGUAUUGCCUUAUCGAAGCAGCGAUAAGGCGGUAGACUAGGUGACUAAAUGAGUUGGAUGGUCUUUUGCCGAGGGCCUUAGACAUAUCGGUUUGUGUAGAUAGAUUACAACGAAUUACUGAUUACUACCCCUAAUCUUGUGUUUCUUUUGUCUCUAUUCGCCAAUUCCAUUACGUGGUAUGCAUUAAAAUUCCCUCUAAUAUAUUUUAAAAAUUAUGUAUCCAAAAGCUUGGAAGGCGCGUGAAAUGUGAACAUUGAAAAGGAAGAGAAUCUUCGAGCCUUCGAACACUAACGAUCAGUAAAAAUCUACGGAAAAAGCGCUCGAAACCUUACGCGCUGUGAUCAUGUGGGGCCAAAACAGUUCCUUCAUUCGCUUCUGCAACUUGUACUUUCGGGACCAGCUGCAGCCAGAUGAGCAGCUUCAGCAGCAGCAGCAGCAGUCCACUAGCGACACCAGCACGAACGAUAUUUGGAACUAUGUGGUGUUCGUAAUCUUCGUUGUUGUUUCGGCAUUGAUACCGAUCCGGAAGCGGUUGUGCCGCCGCAGCAGCAAUAGCAAGAGCAAGCAGGACUAUGUGUUCGGGGCUGGGCAUAUCUCCACCCUGGCGAUGAUGCUAUCGAUCGCCCGGGGCACUCUCGGCGUCAUCUCGGUGUUGGGCUAUCCGAGCGAGUUCUUCUACCGUGGGUCGGCCAUGUGGGAGUCGCUGUACGGUGUCAUCACGGCCUAUCCGAUCGUUUGCUUCGUGUUCAUCCCCGUGUACUUCGACUUGGGCAUCACGUCGGUGUACCAAUAUCUGGAGCUUCGCUUCAACAGUCGUUUGGUGCGAUGUCUGGCAUCUGGGACCUACAUCAUACGCACCCUGUUGAGCCUAGGAGUUACGAUCUACACACCGACGGUGGCGCUGAACACGAUCAUCGGUGUGCCGUACUGGGUGUCGCUGGUUUCUAUUACGGUCAUCACUAUUUUCUUCAACGCACUGGGUGGCUUGAAGGCGGCCGUGGCGGCCGACGUGAUACAGAGCCUCAGCAUGACGGCGAUGCUCGUAGGGAUCAUCAUUUACUGCAGCAUCACCGUCGGCGGGGUGGAUAAGAUAUUGACCAUCAGUUCGGACAAUGAUCGCUUUGCCUUCUUUAACUUUGCCACCGAUCUGCAUCUGCGCGUGACGACCACGUCCGCCUGGCUGGGCGAGCUGUUCAAUUCACUCAGCCUGCUCGGCUGCCAGCAGAACUUUGUGCAGCGGUACCUCAGCAUGCCCACGUUCGGGCAGAUCCGGCGCACGCUGAUGCUUAACAUUCCCGUCGUGAUACUGCUGUUCUCGCUGCCCUGGUUCGUCGGGAUGGCUAUCUACGCCAUCUACUGGCACUGCGAUCCGCUGAAGGCGAGCGUGAUCGCCAAGAUGGACGAGAUACUGCCCUACUUUAUGGUGGACCGGUUCGACAGUGUGCCCGGCGUGUGGGGCAUCUUCGUGGGGACGCUGUUCAACGGAGCGCUCACGCUCAACAUCUCCAACAUUAACUCGCUGGCGACGGUGACGUGGGAGGACUUCCUGUCGCUCGUACCGGCGCUGCGCAAAAAGAGCGACACGCAUCAGCUGAACGUGAUCAAGCUCGUCGGCACGGUCUAUGCGGUGGUGAUCAUGGGCGUCGGCUUCAUCGUUGGGCUGCUGUCGGGCGUGAUCGAAUCGUCGAUGCUGAUCAUCUCGGCCACCUCCGGACCACUGCUGGGGGUGUUUGUGCUGGCCAUGUUCAUUCCGUUCGCCAACUGGAAGGGAGCGGCGUUGGGCAUGCUCGCGUCCCACCUGUCGAUCCUGUGGAUUGUGGUGGGCCGGUUGAUCGAGAGCAAUGUCAGUGAACCACUGCUGGACACUUCGAUCGAGGGAUGCUACGCGGAUCUGAUGGAGGCUCAGAAGAAUGCCACGCUGCUGGUGGCGGUUGCGCUCGAGGAGGGUGUGAAUGCGGUGGAGACGAGCACGCUGCUGAAUCGCAUCUACUCGAUCACGUACCUGUACUACGGUGUGUUCGGGACGGUGCUUACCGUGCUGGCGGGGGUUGUGGUCAGCUUGGCGACGUGGAGCAGUCACGAUGUGUACAACAUGAAGAUGCUCCAUCCGGCCGUCCGGUGGUUGUACUCGCGCUGCCCGUUCAGCGGCAAACACUUUGGUUCGUUCGAGGUAGCGGGGAAGGGCUAUGGGGCGGGGAUGAAGGAGGCGGUACCAAGGUGUUGAGCGUGGGAUGUCCUAUCCACCCCGGUAUGUGAUGCAAUAGUUCCUAUGCCUAGCUUAGCAGACUUCGUGCGACGUCCUGUGAAAGUGAGUGUAAAUGUUGUGAAGAAGAGGGUGCGUAGCUUUAGUGAGUACGUAAGAUUAUUAUGAAUAAAGCGUUAAUUAAUGAUUUAUUUAAGAAUAAAUGUCCAGAAAA